AUCUUCAGCUCUCAAUUUCCCGGAAAAAUGAUUAUAAAAUUCGGCCACAACCUCAUUCCGAUGGUGGGAGCGCCUGUUUCUACGAGUUGGUUUCCUGUUUGAUUCAGCUAGGUUAUGGCUGAAGGACAUGUGUUUUUUUUCUUUCAAAAAUUUAGUUUGCCCAUCUAUUUAACGGUCCUGAUGGACACUUAACUUCAAUUAAUUGAUGAAGUUAUUCGUUUUAUUGUUUUUAUUCAAUCCAGAUUGGCACUAUUGUGGUCGAUUUGCUUUAUGAAUAGUGUUUUGGGUGCAUUCUGGAACAUUGAGUUGGGGAUUGUUCGCUUAGUUCUUAUGAAACGGUCAGGAAGUAAUUUGGUACUUUCAAUUUUUACAUACGGGGUUAGGCGUGGUUAAUAUUCCAGUAAAUAAAACUGGAACAAAUUUUUUAAAUUUGUUGGCUGAAACUAUCAUUUUAGGUAUUCUAAAUUUGGUUUAGAUAUCAAGAACAUGUUAGAAAAUAGAUUGCAAGAAAGAAAUUUAUUUACCUUACAUAUAAACUUGGUUUUCUAAAAUAGAAAUUUGAAAAUUUCAUCAAAUAGUUUAUCCAUUUUUUUUUUCUUAAGCAUGUACAUAUUUACCUGAGAUACAUAUGACAGUGUUGCUUUAUUACAAGAUUUGUUGGAUAACCUUUCUAAGAGUGGAACGGCAUGUGACACUUGUACUCAAUUUUUGCUUCAGGGCUUCUCCAAUUUAACUUUUUGGUCGUUUGUCUUUGGACCAAUUGGACUGGAUAUAUGUAAUUCGAUCGAACUUGAAGUCUCUGCUAUGUGAAGUUCUUCUUGAAUCAUGUGUCAAGGAAACUGUGAAAGGUUUGAGAAAAUGAACAAACAGAACAAUCCUUGUGUAAGCAAUAAGCCAUCAAUAUAUUACUGGUGGAGACCAGAUGAGAGGAUAUCGUCUGAGCUGGCUGAUUUUGUCCUUGAAAAUGAUACCCCCAACACUUGUUAUGCCAAACACGGUAAAGAUAGCGGUACUAUAAAUGAACCAAAGUCUUCUGAGAUGUUGAGCACAGCUCAGUUCAUUUCAAUUUUUGGCCAAGUAUUGAAUUGUGCUAGUCGUCCUUUUACAUUUUUCCAACCGAAGCAGAUCUUAAAUCAAGAAAAUGAUGAUUCCAAUGAGGUUGCGUUCAAUAGUGUGGUUGAAGUUAAUGGCCAAUUAGUUGAUAUAAGGACCAAUGACCAAUGUUCUCCUUUGGGCUUGUCUUGUUUGACAGUAACUCAGAAGAUAUCUUUGUUAGAACCUUGUAAAUAUCAUUCCAUGUCAUCAUUUUGGAGUCUACUACAUGGUAGUCGAGACAUGCCAGCUAAAUCAUGGAAAGGAAAAGGCUUCACUAGUAUACAAAUCUUGCACGAUAUGAGGAAGAAAUAUAGAUCGAUGAACCAUAUAAGUCAUACUGAAGCAUCCUACGCUGUGAAAGUUGAUAAUAAUGGAAGCAUGAAAGCCAAUGCAUUCAAGGCUAGAGGUGGUCUUAAUGAAGCAGGGGGCUGUACGUCAGGAGAUUCAAGUUUUCUUGUUCAUGAGUUGAUCAAUGAAAUUUCAAAGAAUGCUCCCAUGUUCCAAUCAAUCAAUUUAUCAUCGCUGUUCGUCCGGAAGUUGGAAAUAAAGAUGAUGGAAAAUGUUUAUAUGGCCUCACGUAUCCUUACAUUAGUUCAAGAUAACAGGGCAGAUGGAAGUAUUUUAGAGAUCCCAGAUUCAGUUAUUUUGGCAGCUCAUUCAUUACCUUCCAAGGACAGUGUAUUAGACAAUUUAGACAACAGGUGCAAGGCUAAUAUCAGUGAAGAACAUGAGAAUAAAACCAAACAGUCUGACAAGCUCAUUCUUGAAAAGGAUUACUAUAGAGAGGAUUGCUCAUUGACUCGUGAAAAAUCUUGUUACAGUAUUGCCAAGCAAGAACAUGCCUUUGCGGGGGCAUUAGCCGGUGUAUUUGUCAGUCUUUGUCUACAUCCUGUUGAUACAAUCAAAACAGUGGUUCAGUCUUAUCAUGCAGAACAGAAGUCUUUCAGUUACAUUGGAAAAUCAAUUGUCUCUGAUCGAGGUUUAAGUGGGCUUUAUCGUGGAAUCUCCACCAACAUUGCGUCUUCAGCUCCGAUAUCUGCUGUUUACACUUUCACAUAUGAAUCAGUUAAAGGAGCUUUACUUCCACUUCUCCAAGAGGAGUAUCGCUCUAUUGUCCAUUGUACGGCUGGUGGUUGUGCAAGUAUUGCUACAUCUUUUAUUUUUACCCCAAGUGAGCGUAUAAAACAGCAGAUGCAAGUUAGUUCACGCUACCAUAACUGCUGGAAUGCUUUUGUUGGUGUUGUUGCAAAUGGUGGAUUGCGAGGAUUAUAUACUGGAUGGGGAGCUGUUCUUUGCAGAAACGUACCACACUCAAUUAUCAAGUUCUAUACCUAUGAAAGUUUGAAAGGACUGUUGAAAUCUAAUGCUCAGCAAACUACUUCACAAACGUUAGUAUGUGGAGGGGUAGCUGGAUCUACUGCCGCUUUGUUUACCACUCCUUUUGAUGUUGUAAAAACGAGAUUACAAACACAGAUUCCAGGAUCUCUGAGCCCAUAUAAAAGUGUAAUCCAAGCGCUCUAUGAAAUUGGCAAGAAAGAAGGUCUGAAAGGCCUCUAUAGGGGGCUGACUCCAAGACUGAUAAUGUACAUGUCUCAAGGUGCAAUCUUCUUUUCCUCUUAUGAAUUUUUGAAGAGAAUCUUUUCUCUUGAGGCGCCUCAACAUGGGAAGACUCCAACACCAAUCCGAUGAGAAACACAAAAGAUGAUUCAACAAUACAAUUGCAAUUCUCUUCACAAUCAGUAUUAGCAGCGUCUUCUUCAUCAUCAUCAUCAUUGACCACCACGUUAUCGGAAUUGUGCUCAUAAUGUUUACCAAAAUAUGAAGAACUUAACAUGGAUGAGUGGUGCUCGGUGAAGAAAACUGCCUCUUUAGAUGACUGGGGAUGGUCCCACCAGGGGUGUUCCAUGCAUUGUAAAGGAACUUGAUGCAGCAGCAGAAACCUACGAAUUGGGAUUUGCUAUAGAUUCUUUUAACCAAAGAGGAGUCAUAUUUUGAAGUAAACAAUUGUGAAUCCUUGUAAGUUGAUGUCAUCAUAAUUAUCCAGGUAGAUACCUGUAAGCUUGGGCUAUUCUGUAUACCUUCAAGUGAAAAAGAAAUAAACAGGUAUCAUAUUUUUUUUAAUUAUUUCCUCUUUUUUAAUGAUGCCCUAUUGCACAUUAUUGAGUAGCUAUGUCAAUACUCGAGUACUUUAAUCUCAAGGCCAAUUUUAUA